AUGAGCAACCAGCCACAGCCCGUACCGCUAUCGAGGAAGAAAAGUGGCCUCAUUGCUGCCAUCAUCUUACCGCUCUCGCUGAUUCUGUACACCUAUGAACGAGCGCUUGUUCCGAUAUACUCUUCUGGUCCCACCAAGGAAUGGUUCAGCGUCUUCGUCGCAGCAGGAGCAGCCUUAGCAGCCCUCAACCCCAUUUCCAUAACUUCCUCGCUGGCAUGGCUGCUGAUUGCAGUUGCUCUCACCAUUGCACCUAAUGCCAACUACUGGGUCGCUGUCUGGACAGCGAGGUAUGGGAAAGCGGUUGCAGGUGUCUCUGCAACCCAUACCCUCGUCCUGCUUCCCAUCGUCUUUCUUAUUUCGACUGCUGUAAUGGUUGUGGAUAAUGAACCGGGUACGCGAGCUGAGCCGGUCCCAGUCGGUCAACGACUUUCAAGAGCGGCUGUUAUCUACCUGAUUUCUUCGGGACUAGACCGGGAGCUCUGGUCGGUCUUUCCCCUCCUCAACAAAGUCUCAGAGAGUCAGAUAUACCUUGGCUUAGCCGCCAUCUUUUAUCUGUUAUGGAUCCUAUCGACUCCACUAUUCGACGCGUCUUCAAAAGCGGCCAAAGGAAAGGGCAAGAAAACCCAAGAGACGAUCCCAACACAGUCGAGUGGGCCGUUGUCCCUUCGUGUCAUUGCAGCAGCAGCAUUCACAGCCCUCUUCGCCGUCGGUCAUCCUUUCCUGAAGAACCCAGUCCUUCCUCACCCUUUGCCAGCACCCUACACCUACCCGGACGGAACUUUCAGGGUCCUCUCAGCAGUACAAUCCGUCACAGGACUCAUUUCAGUGGUCGAUUGGUUGCCACCUCCUGAAGGCGAAAACAACGAUCCAGCAGCGAUGCACUCGGCUCGGUACCUGCGGGCUUCUCAUUCUAUCCUUGGUGGAGUAUGGACCCACGAGAAGGUCAUGGUCACGGACCAGUCAGAAAGGCCUGUGGAAGACUCAUUCGGGACCCCGUUAGGCGAUUCGAUCUACGCAACUUUCGUCCUCCAGGAAGCCGUUCGAAUGAUCAACAGCACCGCCAAGGGUGGAAAGCUGGAUAACGCUCUCAUCAUUGGUCUGGGCAUCGGAACAGCGGCAACCUCCCUUAUGAGACACGGGGUGUCGACUACCAUUGUCGAAAUCGACCCUGCCGUUUAUGACGCUGCUCGCACAUGGUUCGGUCUCCCGGAUCCAGGAGCUGAUAAGGUGUUCCUCGAGGAUGCUCGCUACUGGGUAGAGAAACGAAAGGCAUGCACGCAAGCUGGCGAGUGCCCCCUGUUCGAUACCGUCAUUCACGACUGUUUCUCGGGUGGAGGUGUGCCCCAACACUUGUACACUGACGAAUUCUGGAAGGACCUUAAGAGCAUCGUCAAGCCUGAAGGAUCCGUCGUUGUGAACUUCGCUGGUGUCGUCAACUCUGAAGCUACACGGCUCGUGCUCAACACCCUUCUCAACUCUUUCGACCAAUGCCGCGCCUUCCACGACUUCUUCGAUGAAUUCACGGAGGAUAUAUACAACAAAGAAUUCAUCAACAUGGUGCUCUUCUGCACAUCUUCGAAGAAACCUUUGACCUUCCGCAAGGGACGAACCUCGGACUAUUUGGGCUCUCCUCUGCGCCGACACGUUCUCUCCAGUCUCGAUACACGAGAGGUCGACUUGGCCCCUUUGACUGACACGUCAGGCAAAUACCUUGUCACCGAUGACAACAACCCACUUGGAAAACUGCAGGAUGCUCAGGGAGCCCAUCACUGGGAAGUCAUGCGAACCGUUCUGCCGAAUUCACAUUGGGAAACGUAUUAG